AUGGAUUCAGUCUUUUCUGUUAUUGGAUCAUGUGUGGAUUGGGAUGUCAGAAGUCUGCUGCUCUUCUUAGCAGUUUUUAUCCUCACCACAGAUUACGUCAAGAACCGUCGGCCAGCCAGCUACCCUCCAGGACCUUUGGCUCUCCCAAUUGUGGGCAACAUAUUUUCUGUGGACCACACGAGGACCCAUGAGAGUAUGACGCAAGUAGGUCAACACACAUACAACCUGAAAAAAAAAAAACAUCAGGUCAACUGAUAGGACUCUUUUUCUAUUAUCUAUUAUGUUUUCUUCUUUCUUAAAAUUUCUCACAGUUAGCAAAGAAGUAUGGAGAUGUGUACAGUCUGCAAAUGGGCCAAGAGUGGCUGGUGAUCUUAAAUGGAUAUGAGGUUGUAAAAGAAGCUCUUAUAACUCAGGGAGACAGUGUGGCAGACCGCCCAAAUCUCCCAAUACAACAGGACAUAAGCAAUGGACUAGGUGGGAGGACAUAAGCACACCUACAUCCACUCAGAGAAACACAGAGCUUUCAUGCACACAUAGUUCAAAUCACUACAGUUUGGUCCCAUAUAUACUUGAUGAAAAAGUAAGCCAAUCCAAAGACAUAUUUGACUUGUUUGUGUAUUUCUUUCCAGGUGUCAUUAGCAUUAAUGGGCACAUGUGGAAGCAGCAGAGGCGUUUUAUGCUUUCAACCCUCAGAUACUUUGGUUUUGGCAAGAAGUCUCUUGAGCCAGUAAUCUUGGAUGAAUUCACACAUUGUGCAACAGAGUUUCAAAGCCAUAAAGGUAAGUAGUAAAUGUGCUUUGACACAUUUAGAAAGAGAAUAAAAUUACAAAUUCAUUUAUCUUUCUAUCUUUAUGUGCAGGCAAGCCUUUCAACCCCCGAUACAUCGUCAACAAUGCUGUCUCCAACAUCAUCUGCUCCCUGGUUUUCGGGCAUCGCUUUGAGUACAAUGAUAAAAAGUUCCUGCAAAUAUUAGGCUGGUUUGAGACAGCACUCCAGAUUGAAGGCUCAAUUUGGGCACAGGUACAGCAUUUUAGAAAAAUUAAAGUGAUUUUAGUUGUCUGUCUGUGCUUCUGAAGUGUAGUCAAUUUAAAGCUGUGCAUAAAAGACUCAAGCCUCUCAAUGUGGAUAUAUCACUCUGUAAUUGGAACUCAGCUUGAGAUUGAAAUGAGUAAAAUGAACAAGUUGUGAAACACUGAAUGAUACGAUCAAAAACUCAUUUAGUGUUAUUUUCAACGUGUUCUCUGCAGCUUUAUAACUCAUUCCCUGUACUGAUGAGACGUUUACCAGGACCACAUCAGAAAAUGGUGCGCAUUUGGGAUAAUGCCAAGAACUUUAUGAGAGAAGAGCUUGAGAAGCACAAAAAAAACUGGGACCCCUCUGACCAGAGAGAUUAUAUCGACUGCUACCUGACCGAAAUACAGACGGUAAAUAUACUGCCAAAGUUUGAAAGUCUCUCCUUUGACAGACUCAGUACCACCACCUGUUGUUUGAUUUGUCAUAUUAUGACAUUUGUGAACCACACCAGCAGAGUCUUUUAGAACCUUUUCAAUGGUACAAGUUCAGGUUAUCAUAGAUGUAUUUGUGCUGCUGUGCAAGUAUUGAAAAUAAUUUUUAAGAUGUCAUUUUAAUACAUGUAUUUCAAUCAAUCAAUCAAUCAAUCAAUCAAUCAAUCAAUCAAUCAAUCAAUCAAUCAAUCAAUCAAUCAAUCAUUUUUUAUUUAUGUAGCUCCAAAACAGUUGUUACCCCAUCUUGCUUUUCAAAGAGCAGGUCUAGACUACACUCAUUUUUUGAUCUAUUACAAAGACCUGAGCUAAGAUGGAAAUGAUGUAACCCAUCUCAUCCAGCAUUAGUGACAGUGGUGAGGAAAAACUCCCCUUUAACAGGCAGAAACCUUGGGCAGGACCAGACUCAUGUCAGACAGCCAGCUGCUGCUGCAGAGUUUGGGAGAAACAAACAGAGAGAGGGAGGAAGUAAGAGCGAGGGGGAGAGAAAAAGAGAUGGUGGACAGCAACCACAGCAAAAACCAAAUACAACAAUAACAACAACAACAGCUCAUACAGACUCCUGGUCACAGAGCAUAUAAUGAUGGAACAAUAUGAAAUCAGUUUACCUUAUCUGUAAAAAGGUAAUUACAGUCAGCAGGCCCAAUAGUAGUGAACUCCACCUUUGUUAUUAAUGUCGGUGAGGCUGAUCUUCAUGUCCACAACAACAGUCCAGAGAAACCUAAAGAUGGAGGAGCUCAGGGCCUGAGGUGGAAAAUCAGAGAUGAUGCAGCUGACCGUCUGUAGCGUCUGUACAAAGGGAACCUAAGAGACUGGGGAGCUUAGGGACACUCAGAGGGAUCUGGUUAGUAACUUGAUGAAAGGAUAUGAGUGCAGUUGACAGUCUGUAUAUUUAAAUACUUUCUCAGAGUAAAGAGCAGCCUGGCAACACUUUUGAUGAGGAAAACCUGAUAAUAUGUGCCCUUGACCUGUUUGUGGCUGGCUCUGAAACCACAUCCACCACCCUACGCUGGGCCUUCCUCUACAUGGCAAAGUACCCUGAGAUCCAGGGUAAGUAAUGUGCAUAAUAGAGGUAAUUUUGUUGCUGACAACAUCAAAUCCCAUACAUCUGGUAAUUUUGCUGGUGACAUAUUUUUUAACUCUUGUCUAAUUACUUUCUUCCAGCUAAGGUCCAAGCUGAGAUAGAUGGAAUGAUUGGACAGUCUAGACAGCCGUCAAUGGAUGAUCGUGUAAACCUCCCCUAUACUGACGCUGUCCUCCAUGAGAUCCAGAGAAUGGGCAACAUAGUUCCUCUCAGCUUGCCUCACAUGGCCACCAAGGAUGUGCAGCUGGGAGGCUACACUGUCCCAAAGGUCACUUAUCAUGUUAUCUCAUUUUAUGUCAUGUUGUAUCAUAUCAUAUCAUAUCGUAAUAAUUCCAUCAUAUUAUAUUCUAUUCAACAGGGAACAACAAUUAUUCCCAAUUUGACCUCUGUGCUAUAUGACAAGAAUGAGUGGGAGACGCCUUACACCUUCAACCCAGGACACUUUCUGAAUGAGGAGGGCAAGUUUGUGAAGAAAGCUGCUUUCAUGCCUUUCUCUGCAGGUAAGGGUCCGGGGUCUGGCCCUGCAUACAGGUGGAACUCAACAAAUAAGAAUAUUUUGGAAAACUAUUUUCUUCACGAUCCAAUUUAACUUUUAUAUAUUCUCUACAUUCAUUACUUGUUCAACAAUGACCUUUUUUACAGAUCGGUCAGGUGUCUCUCAUCUUCCGCUUGACAAUAUCCCACAGAUUCAUUAAAAUAUUGAACUUUUUCAUGAUGUAAUUUUUAAGGUUUUUAAAAUCUAUCACAGGUUGAAUGAAAAAUGUGAGGAACUGUAUGACUUUUUAUAGGUUUUGUUAGAAAAAUCUUUCUUGAAUGACAAGAGGCAGACAGAGUUAAGGAUAUAUAAUGAAAGUACCUUUAAUUCCUGUAAGACUGGAGAACAAACAAGGCAUUGAGCAGAUACACAGAUGUGGUCACCCAAUUGUGGAGUUUUUUUCUGUCAUUUUCCAAACAUGGUUCAUUUUAUUCAUCAUGCAUUUGCUGUCUGACCUUGUCCUUCACAUUAUCUCAAUUAAGAAGAAAAAGAAGAACUUUGUUGAUCUAUGAGGGGAAAUUAAGUUGUCUGUCCACUCAUGUCAUCUACUGGCUGUGGUUACAAAAGAUUUUCUGAAUCUUUUUUUCCUGCAGCGAAGUUAAAGGACUCCCCCACAUUCUUAAAACAGGCCAACUUAUUAUCUAGAUGUACACCUUAAUAUUUAUAUGUACAACCUCUAUGCACAACUUGGACAACAUUUUUCUUUCAGUUUUACUAUGAAAAGUUGCGUUCAUGUCUGUUGAUUAGUAAAACACAUAAGACGACUAUUUAAACCACAAUAGUUGAACUUCUGAAUAUACUGUAUUUUUCAUUUAUUUACAUGAUUUUGAAUUAUUUAAAUCAUUUAUUUAUUUUCUUGUUUCAGGUAAGCGGCUUUGCCUUGGGGAGAGCCUGGCAAGGAUGGAGCUUUUCCUCUUCUACACUUCCUUUAUGCAGCACUUCACUUUUUCCAUGCCUGAGGGGGUGGAGCCUGUGACAGAUUCCAUUUUUGGCAUUACUCGAGCACCAUGGCAGUAUGAAAUCUGUGCAGUGUCACGCUGAGAGAAACUCAGACUGACUGAAAAAGUUAAAUCGUUAAAAUCUUUGCACUACUUUGUUGUUAUUACUAAAGAUUAUAUGACUAGAAUAGUUCAAUGUGAUACUUUGCCUUAAUUUUGGAUUGGUAGCUGCAUAGCACUGAUGUGUAUUAAAGCUGCAAAAGCAGUAGCCUACACCACUUGUGUUUAUGUCAAUAAAACUAAUUAAUAUAUGGCAGAAAUUGUGGUGACAUUGCAUGAGCCUUUCCACCAGCACUUUAGUGUGAUAUUUUGUGAGUUGAUGUCAUUAAACUCAAUUGUGUCACAUUUAUGGCUUCCAUUGAUGAUUAGCAUUGAGGUACUAGCAUGAAUGGCUGCUAGGAGUAUAGGCUGGAACUGAGGCUUACGGUUUCAAUGGUGGAAGAAGCAAAAACUAGCUGGGCAUCGCUUUGGGUACAAUGAUAAAAAGUUCAUGGAAAUAUUGAGCCGGUUUCAAACAGCACUCCAGAUUGAAGGCUCAAUUUGGGCACAGGUACGGCAUUUUAAAGACAUUGAAGUAAUUUUUUAUGUUCGGUGCUGCUGUAGCAUGAAAUAUCAUUUUGUGAGGAAGUGCCUCAAUGUGGGUAUAGCAGUAUGUAACUGAACACUUUAUUACUAUCAUGUGUACUUUGUAGUAAAGAUAGGAAAAAGCAAUGUGUGUGAGUUAAUUCUCAGAUCAGUUUUCAAAAUUUAGCACUGACUGCUACAGACAAAAACUCAGUUUCUAUUAUUAUGGAUCUGUUCUCUGCAGCUUUACAACUCAUUCCCUCUGCUGAUGAGACGUUUACCAGGACCACAUCAGACAAUGCUGCGUAUUUGGAAUCAUACCAAGGACUUCAUCAGAAAAGAGCUUGAGGAGCACAAAAAAAACUGGAACCCCUCUGACCAGAGAGAUUAUAUUGACUGCUACCUGAUGGAAAUACAGAGGGUAACAAGCAUUAGAUAUUUGUGGGGUUUAAACUUUGUUGUUCAGGAAAAAGCAUCAUUUUAAUACACAGAUUUGAAUACUUUCUCAGAGUAAAGAGCAGCCUGGAAAUACUUUUGACGAGGAAAACCUGGUAAUAUGUGGCUUUGAACUGUUUGUGGCUGGCUCUGAAACCAUAUCCACCACCCUGCGCUGGGCCCUCCUUUACAUGGCAAAAUACCCCGAGAUCCAGGGUAAGAGCACCAAAAAAUUAGAUCAUGCGAACAUGAAAACUGAUGAGAAAAACACAUAAUAUAUGUCAUUUUGUGGGUAUCAACACCAAUUAUUGGUAGGUCAUUUCUUUUUUACCUUUUAUAACCCCAAUCCAAAAAAAUGAAGUAAAAUAAAACAGCAGCAGUGUAAAUUUUAAUAAAAACAGAUUUUGGUGGUUUGCAAAUGACUUGAACCCUUUAUUCAGUUAAAUAUAGGGCAAAGGAAAAUUAUGUUGAAAAAUGUUUUUGUGUGCAUUAUAUGUCCUCAUUUGAAGUUUGAUACCAGCAACAUGUUUCAAAACAGUUAGGACAGGGGCAUGUUUACUUUGGAUUUCCUCAUCUCUUCUAUUAACAAUAAACUGCAAAUAUUUGGGAUCUGAGGACACCGGUUUCUGGACUUUGGAAAGGGAAAAGUUGUCCCCUUCUUAUUUGAUAAAGGAUUUUGUCUGCUUAGCUGUAUGCAGUGUCCUCUGUCCCCUCAUAUUUUUAUGUUAUUUUAUGCCAAAGUCAAAGUCAGGACCUCAGACAGGCCAGUUUAGUACCUGGACUUUUGUCAGAUUAGCCACAUUUGAGGAAAAUUUAAAAUGUCAAGAUACUAAAUAAGAGCUCUUCAAAAAGAAAUGAGUAUGUCAGAUAAUAAUCUGACAGAAAAAAAAAAAACAACAACAACAUAUAAAACAAAUAUAACCAAAGUAAAAAAAUAAAAACUACAAUAUGAAACACAAAAAAUAUGCAUGGAAUAAAUAGAUUGAGAUAAAACAUAAAGAAAAUUCAGAUAAAUACAUCAGGAAAAGUAAAAACCAUGACUUGAUCAAAAUAAUAAGAAUAGAUACUCAUGAAAAUAAUGGGAAAAAAACUGAAAAGGGCAUCAUCUCAAUGGCAGCAUAUGUUGCUUCAAAACCUUUAUAUAUUGUUCAGCAUCAAUGGUGUUGUCAGAUAUAUCAGUCUCCACUCUGCCUCAGUCCAUUCAGUCCAGAAUCCAGUAUAUACUUUUGAUGCCAUGAUUAUAACUUAUCUGAUUACCUUCUUCCAGCAAAGGUCCAAGCUGAGAUAGACAAAGUGAUUGGACAGUCUAGACAGCCGUCAAUGGAUGAUCGUGUAAACCUCCCCUAUACUGACGCUGUCCUCCAUGAGAUCCAGAGAAUGGGCAACAUAGUUCCUCUCAGCUUACCUCACAUGACCUCCAAGGAUGUGCAGCUGGGAGGCUACACUGUCCCAAAGGUCACUUAUCAAAGACAAACUUUAAAUAUCAUAUCAUAUCAUAUCAUAUCAUAUCACGUCAUUUCACAUCGUACCCAAUUCAACAGGGAACAACAAUUAUUCCCAAUUUAACCUCAGUGCUAUAUGACAAGAAUGAGUGGGAGACGCCUUACACCUUCAACCCAAGACACUUUCUGGACGAGGAGGGCAAGUUUGUGAAGAAAGCUGCUUUCAUGCCUUUCUCUGCAGGUAAAGAAUUACACAGGUUAAUCAAAAUAACACAAGAUGGUUCAGGAUGUGGACAGUUUAUUCUGCAAAGUUAUUUUGUUCUUUAAAGUGAAUAAAAAAAGAAAAAAACAAUAAAAGUUGAAUUGCCAUAAAAUUUUUUGAAACUGUUUGUAGUUUUUCAUUUUAUUUUCCUGUUUUAGGUAAGCGGCUUUGCCUUGGGGAGAGCCUGGCAAAGAUGGAGCUUUUCCUCUUCUUCACCUUCUUUAUGCAGAACUUCACCUUCUCCAUGCCUGAGGGGGUGGAGCCUGUGACGGAUUUUGACUUUGGCAUGACUCUGGCACCAUGGCAGUAUGAAAUCUGUGCAGUGUCACGCUGAGAGAAACUCAGACUGACUGAAAAAGUCUGUUAUAAUCUUUGUACUACUUUGUUGUCAUUACUUAUGAUUAUAAGACUAGAAUAGUUCAAUGUAAUACUGUGAAUUACUCCAGCGGCGUGCCAUAGACUGUAUAUAUAUAUAUAUAUAUAUAUAUAUAUAUAUAUGUGUGUGUGUGUGUGUGUGUAUAUACACUCACCGGCCACUUUAUUAGGUACACCAUGCUAGUAACGGGUUGGACCCCCUUUUGCCUUCAGAACUGCCUCAAUUCUUCGUGGCAUAGAUUCAACAAGGUGCUGGAAGCAUUCCUCAGAGAGCUUGGUCCAUAUUGACAUGAUGGCAUCACACAGUUGCCGCAGAUUUGUCGGCUGCACAUCCAUGAUGCGAAUCUCCCGUUCCACCACAUCCCAAAGAUGCUCUAUUGGAUUGAGAUCUGGUGACUGUGGAGGCCAUUUGAGUACAGUGAACUCAUUGUCAUGUUCAAGAAACCAGUCUGAGAUGAUUCCAGCUUUAUGACAUGGCGCAUUAUCCUGCUGAAAGUAGCCAUCAGAAGUUGGGUACAUUGUGGUCAUAAAGGGAUGGACAUGGUCAGCAACAAUACUCAGGUAGGCUGUGGCGUUGCAACGAUGCUCAAUUGGUACCAAGGGGCCCGAAGAGUGCCAAGAAAAUAUUCCCCACACCAUGACACCACCACCACCAGCCUGAACCGUUGAUACAAGGCAGGAUGGAUCCAUGCUUUCAUGUUGUUGACGCCAAAUUCUGACCCGACCAUCCGAAUGUCGCAGCAGAAAUCGAGACUCAUCAGACCAGGCAACGUUUUUCCAAUCUUCUAUUGUCCAAUUUCGAUGAGCUUGUGCAAAUUGUAGCCUCAGUUUCCUGUUCUUAGCUGAAAGGAGUGGCACCCGGUGUGGUCUUCUGCUGCUGUAGCCCAUCUGCCUCAAAGUUCGAUGUACUGUGCGUUCAGAGAUGCUCUUCUGCCUACCUUGGUUGUAACGGGUGGUUAUUUGAGUCACUGUUGCCUUUCUAUCAGCUCGAACCAGUCUGGCCAUUCUCCUCUGACCUCUGGCAUCAACAAGGCAUUUCCGCCCACAGAACUGCCGCUCACUGGAUAUUUUUUCUUUUUCGGACCAUUCUCUGUAAACCCUAGAGAUGGUUGUGCGUGAAAAUCCCAGUAGAUCAGCAGUUUCUGAAAUACUCAGACCAGCCCUUCUGGCACCAACAACCAUGCCACGUUCAAAGUCACUCAAAUCACCUUUCUUCCCCAUACUGAUGCUCGGUUUGAACUGCAGGAGAUUGUCUUGACCAUGUCUACAUGCCUAAAUGCACUAAGUUGCCGCCAUGUGAUUGGCUGAUUAGAAAUUAAGUGUUAACGAGCAGUUGGACAGGUGUACCUAAUAAAGUGGCCGGUGAGUGUAUAUAUACAGUAUAUAUAUAUAUAUAUAUAUAUAUAGAUAUAUAUAUAUAUGAACUAUACAAAGAGAUGAUUAUUAAUGUUAUUAUUUUGUCAGCCCACACUGUAGUAGCAAAGUCACAAUAAACUUUAUGGGCUCUAUUUUCGUGCCCGCCAGUGGCACGGUGGAGGGUGGCACACCCUGCGCAGUGGUAUUUACGUCUGGCAAUGCCCGGCGCAAAGCCAGUUUGGUAUUUUCGUAUACGGGCGCACCGAGGACCGCCAAGCUGGGCGUGGUGUCGCGGUAGUGGAAAGUGUCGAUAGAAUCAUCUGGCGCAGUGACAUUUUCGUUCUCACCGGUGGCGUAGAAAGUGCGCUGAAAGCUUGCCUAUUCAAACCCAGUUAGAUUUCCGCGCAGUUGAAGCGCAGCUGGUCUAGUGGUAUUUUAGUAGACCAGUGGCAUAGUGCACAUACGUCACCGAUGCCUCACCGGUAGGUUUCCACAGUGUCAGGCACAUUUAAGUGCAAAAAAUUAUCAACAACAACCAAUAUUCAGUGCAACUAUCUGAGUCAGCACAUACAUUUAGAUAUAUAUUGAUAUAUUCUGGUCUAUAUCUUAUCUGAUGAGCGCGUUUGGCAGGCAUUUAGACACUCCACCUGACUGAGUUAACACAGCUGAAACAGCAAUAAAUUAAAUAUCCAGUAAAUAGUCACAUAUAAUUAAGUUAACAAGAUAUUUAAUUAAUCUCCCCACUUUUCCCUCUCCCUCUUCUUUCUGGUGCCGCUCAACCCGUACAUGUCUCUGUGUCCUCUCCCCAUCCUGCUGCUGCUGGAGCAGCUGACCAGAUUAUUUAUUAGUGAUCAGAUGAGUCAUUUACUUAAAAAAUAAAAGAAACUUUCAUUCAAAAUGACCUGUUCAUGUAAUGUUCUCACAUCCUUAACAUUCUGUGAAUAUUCAAUCUGGAGUUUGGCUCUGUUAUGACUGUGGUCAUAAUUUGUAGACUGUCUGCUGUGUGUGUGUGCCCUGUGUUUUUUUGUUUCAAUCUUGUAUGCAAAUAGGUGUGUGCCACAGCCACGCGGUCAUUGGUGGGUUGGACUACGUCCUGGACAGUGAUUGGUGGACACCUGCUUUAUCAGGAACCAAGAUGGCAGCCACCUUGGGCAGUUUAAUAAGCACCAGCUUAAUUACAGCACUAUCGAGAAGGAAGCUCUCGCCCUCCUGCUUGCCUUGCAGUAUUUUUAAGUUUAUCUCGGGUCUAGUUCGCAGCCUGUCCACGUGUACACGGAUCACAAUCCAUUAAUAUUCCUUGCCCACAUGCGCAAUUCUAACCAGCGCCUUAUGCGCUGGUCUCUUCUCCUGCAGGAUUUUAACCUGCAGAUUUGUCACAAGAAGGGCACAGAAAAUGUAAUUGCAGACGCUUUGUCAAGGUGUUCCUCCGAUCCGUAGGAAUUAAACAUUUAGGGGGAUGUUUAAUUCUUGGGUGUGGGGGUGUUAUGACUGUGGUCAUAAUUUGUAGACUGUCUGCUGUGUGUGUGUGUGUGUGUGUGCCCUGUGUUUUUUUGUUUCAAUCUUGUAUGCAAAUAGGUGUGUGCCACAGCCACGCGGUCAUUGGUGGGUUGGACUACGUCCUGGACAGUGAUUGGUGGACACCUGCUUUAUCAGGAACCAAGAUGGCAGCCACCAUGGGCAGAGGCCAGGCAUUCCUCAUCCUCCUCCUCCUCUCCCAACCGGCCACACUAUUUGCUGUUUCAACCCUGGAGUAUUUUCUAGUAUUUUCUUUGAGUAGUAGGGGUGGACUGCCAGUUUUGUUAACCUUAUUUUCUCCUGUGUAUUUUAGUUAGGGAGGUAAGUCUUUGUCAUUUGUUUCCUUUGUUUUGGUUAGGUUAGUACUUACUCCACAGACAGGAUCAUUUCGGUUGUUAUUUUGGCCUUAGUCCACCCUGAAGCCUAGUCACUCAGCCUUAGUUAUUUGUUUAUAUCUUUAUGUUCAUUUACUGAUUUAUGUAACUAAAUCCUUGUCUUUAAAUUGAACUGAAUCUCUGUUGUUGUGGCUACUUGGGACUUGGGGAAGAUGAGGCCUUCUCAUGUUGUGCCCUAGGCACCCCUAGACUGGGGCGUAAUAGGCUCACUUACAAAUAUUAUAAUAUUCAGUUGCGUGAGCCAUCUUAUAUGCUAACAUCAAUGAAAGAAAGAGCCAGGCUACGGAGUGCAAUGCGUCCUUUAUGCUCAGGUGGUUCUGAUUUUAAUGCCAUUAACGGAAUUUGUUUUGUAAGAAUCAGUUCUUUAGUUGACUGCACAAAGACAACCAGAGAAAUCUUCAGUUCUCAGAUAUAACAUUUAUUUAGAUCACACGAAAAGCUCUACAGCGCUGGACUCGCAAUGACAGAGCUCCUAGGAUCUCCAUCAAAACAAGUGCCCAUUUCCAGGUACAAUUCACACUUAUCCUCUUGGGCACGGAUUGCCCUGGACAGAGGUUGGACUUAAACACUACCUAGUAUCAUUGGCCAGCAAUAUCCAACGUGACCAGGCCAACCACUGUUCACACAGUCUUACUAAAAUGUGCUAUGAAAUAUGUGUGUGUGUUGUUGACCUUGAGGCGUGUAACUACUGGAGCAAACCUGUUCAACAGAGCAAAGAGAGCCUUGUGGCUCAUCAGGUUCCUCCUUAUCAAUUAAGACACCACACUGUUCUGAUUAAAUGAAAACAACCUGUGAGUAAAUGGAAACAUUCAGUAAGGUGCAUUAGUUCAAUGAAAAAGAGCAAAUCUAACCUUAGCAAAGUAAAAGACAAUUAUAACAGUUUAUGUUGUGAUCUGUGCGUACAACCCACCUUUGUCAUGUGGGCUUUAAAUAUAUGCAACUUGAUGUGGUUGUCUUUAUUUGUGGGAAAGGGUGUUUGUCUUACCAGUGGGUCCAACCUUACACACACCAAAUCCCUCUGUGCUUAUUUGAGAGAGUGUGGAGGACGCCCUCUGCAGCGCUUACAGCGACACCUGUUGAGGGGCUUCCUUCUGUCGCCAUCGUGUGGCAUAACUGUCUUCAGACAACUCUUGAUCUCUUUGAUUACUUCACCAAAAUUGUAAUACGCCUCGCUGGUGGCAGAUUUAAAGGCGAGGAGAGGAGCUUAUGUUAUUGGUCAAAACAGAUCUCGGCUGUGUUAAACCCACUCCGCGCCCUCUCUCCUCCCUCGCUACGACUUACGCUGCUGGAAGGAGCUGAGUUAGGGAGGGGGGAUACUUACACCGGGCUGCGCCGCUCACCAAAAAAAAAAAUUGUGCUUGGGAACGCCUUGUUGGCGCAGCGGACCUGGCUUACGCUGCGCCACGUCGCCAGCGAGGCACGAAAAUAGAGCCCUUAAAGUUGAGCCACAGAAAAUACCAUGUCUGCACAGUGUGUUCUGAUGGAGGAAUGAGCUAUUCAGACUUCAACUUUUUUUGCACCUGGUUGUAAACAUGUUUAUUUUAUCUGUAAAGAUAAUUUUAACUACUUUCUCCACCAGUGCCUCCUCAGGCCACCAGUGUCUGUCCAACCUCUGCCUCCACUGUCACACUUUUGAUCCUGAACCACUCACCUGCUGUCUCCUUCAGCUCACACACUGCCUCACCCCCUCUCUACAGAUCCCCCUGCACUCCUUGGACCCUGGACCUCACACCAUCCUUCAUCAUUCAUCACAUUAAAAUCACUUAAAGCUUCCUCUGCCUCUGCUACCUGCUUUUGGGUCCCUCAAGAAAACCAGUUGUUACAGAAUAACUCAUAACUCAAACUGAACCUUCUCAAACUCUUGCAUAUCAAUCAGCAUGGAGUAGGAGAAAUUGGAUCCUGCCUCGGCCCAAAACAAGUCCAGUUAAAGGACCACAGAAUUGUGUCUCUGGUUGUGUCGUAUGAUUAAGGUUCUGGUGUCAUCAAACUUUGACCUCAAGCAGGCCAUGAAGGAGGUUUCUGACAAGUGUGAAGUUUUCUGUAGAUGGUAGUCAGCACCAUCAAGUUUUAGGCUAUGGUCCUCUCACUUUUUCUGUGUAGAAAUGGUGAUUCUCUCCUUCUGGAGUCAGUGUAUCUUCAGGUCUUAUUCAAGAGUGAGAGGUAAAUGGAAUACUAAUAAUAUGUCAAUAAUGAUAGCAAAAGUAUUGGCACAAUCUGCAGAGACUGAAAAUGAAUGAUAAUAGGCUGAUCUUGAUAUUAAUGGCUGUUAAAGUUAGCAGGCCCCAUACCAGCAUUUUGAUGUAGAUAAUGGAGGAAUGAAAGUAUCAGAGCCAGUGGGGGCUUAUAUAUGUUAAGCAGAAGAGGUUCCAGAAUGGAGCCUUGGGGAACCUCAUGUUAUUGUUGUCUGUUCAGAUGUGAAUUAACCUAUAGAUACCAAGUGUUCUCUGUCUUUUGGGCAAGAUUUAAAAUAGUUGAGUUCUGUGCCAGAAAGUCCCAGUAGUUCGCCCACUGAUCAGAGUCACAACUUUAUUUAUAUAUUAUUACAACCAAGUCACACCAUAAAACAAAGAGUGUGGGCUUACCGAUAUACUUAAUUCUAAUUAAUGUAUUUUUGUCACUGAUUAACAGUGUUACAUCCCUCACUUAUAUAAAUAAAGAGAUCAGAGUCCAAUGCAACCAGUACAUCUGUUGCCAACAGUCACUGACAUUACACUUCUCUCACAGGAGAGUUGAAGAGGGUUGAUAUUAUUGAAUCCAAGCAACAAAAUUGAAAGCCCAGCCACCACUUCAGAGCUGAGCUCUUGUUUGAAACAUGGAUUCAGUCUUUUCUGUUGUCGGAUCAUGUGUGGAUUGGGAUGUCAGAAGUCUGCUGCUCUUCUCAGCAGUUUUUAUCCUCACUGCAGAUUAUAUCAAGAACCGCCGACCGACCAGCUACCCUCCAGGACCUUUGGCUCUUCCAAUUGUGGGCAACAUGUUUUCUGUGGACCACAAGAGGACCCAUGAGAGUAUGACACAAGUAGGUCAACACAUAUACAACCUGAAAAAAAAUCUGCAAGGACCCUCUUUCUAUUAUCUAUUAUGUUGAGCAGUUUUUUCUUCUUUCUUGAAAUUUCUCACAGUUGGCAAAGAAGUAUGGAGACGUGUACAGCCUGCAAAUGGGACAAGAGUGGCUGGUGAUCUUAAAUGGAUAUGAGGUUGUAAAAGAGGCUCUUAAAAAUCAGGGAGACAGUGUGGCAGACCGGCCUCCCCUCCCUGUCCUGCAGGACAUCAGUGAGGGACUAGGUAAAAGAUCAUAACUAACACCCUUACACUCACAAAGCAACGCAAAGAGCUUUUGUGCACAUUACCCAAAUAACAUUUUUUCUGGCUUCUGUGACCAUCUGAUGAGUGAAGAACUAAGCUUGUUACUAUUCACUGAUGUAUUUUUUUAGGUGUAAUUUUCAUUAAUGGGCACAUGUGGAAGCAGCAGAGGCGUUUUAUGCUUUCAACCCUCAGAUACUUUGGUUUUGGCAAGAAGUCUCUUGAACCAGUCAUCUUGGAUGAAUUUACACAUUGUGCAAAAAUCUUUCAAAGUUAUAAAGGUAAGUAUUAAAUGUGCUUUGACACAUUAAGAACGAGAAAAACAAAUAUAAAAACCCAUUUAUGUUUAUUAUUCUGAUUUACUGUCAAGGUAAGCCCUUCAAUCCAAAGUGCAUACUCAACAAGGUUGUCUCCAACAUCAUCUGCUCCCUGGUUUUUGGGCAUCGCUUUGGGUACAAUGAUAAAAAGUUCAUGGAAAUAUUGAGCUGGUUUCAAACAGCAUUCCAGAUUGAAGGCUCAAUUUGGGCACAGGUACGGCAUUUUAAAGACACUGAAGUAAUUUUUUAUGUUCAGUGCUGCUGUAGCAUGAAAUAUCAUUUUGUGAGGAAGUGCCUCAAUGUGGGUAUAGCAGUAUGUAACUGAACACUUUAUUACUAUCAUGUGUACUUUGUAGUAAAGAUAGGAAAAAGCAAUGUGUGUGAGUUAAUUCUCAGAUCAGUUUUCAAAAUUUAGCACUGACUGCUACAGACAAAAACUCAGUUUCUAUUAUUAUGGAUCUGUUCUCUGCAGCUUUACAACUCAUUCCCUCUGCUGAUGAGACGUUUACCAGGACCACAUCAGACAAUGCUGCGUAUUUGGAAUCAUACAAAGGACUUCAUCAGAAAAGAGAUUGAGGAGCACAAAAAACACUGGGACCCCUCUGACCAGAGAGAUUAUAUCGACUGCUACCUGACGGAAAUACAGAGGGUAACAAGCACUAGAUAUUUGUGGGGUUUAAACUUUGUUGUUCAGGAAAAAGCAUCAUUUUAAUACACAGAUUUGAAUACUUUCUCAGAGUAAAGAGCAGCCUGGAAAUACUUUUGACGAGGAAAACCUGGUUAUGUGUGGCCUUGAACUGUUUGUGUCUGGCUCUGAAACCGUAUCCACCACCCUGCGCUGGGCCCUCCUUUACAUGGCAAAAUACCCUGAGAUCCAGGGUAAGAGCACCAAUAAAUUUGAUCAUACGAACAUGAAAACUGAUGAGAAAAACACAUAAUAUAUGUCAUUUUGUGGGUAUCAACACCAAUUAUUGGUAGGUCAUUUCUUUUUUACCUUUUAUAACCCCAAUCCAAAAAAAUGAAGUAAAAUAAAACAGCUGCAGUGUAAAUUUUGAUAAAAACAGAUUUUGGAGGUUUGCAAAGGUUACCUUUAUAUAUUGUUUAGCAUCAAUAGUUCUCAGAUAUGAUAACAUCCCAUAUAUUUAUCCACAAAUCUUCGUGAAACUGACUUUGAACUGUGUGCUGAUCAUCAAGAGGUGGUCCCUCUCCUCUCUAGGCUGGAGGAUACAGCGUCUAUGAGACUGAUUUGUCACACCACAGGACAGUCUCCACUCUGCCUCAGUUCAGAAUCCAGUAUAUACUUUUGAUGCUAUGAUUUUAACACUUGUCUGAUUACCUUCAUCCAGCAAAGGUCCAAGCUGAGAUAGACAAAGUGAUUGGACAGUCUAGACAGCCAUCAAUUGAUGAUUGUGUAAACCUCCCCUAUACUGACGCUGUCCUCCAUGAGAUCCAGAGAAUGGGCAACAUAGUUCCUCUCAGCUUGCCUCACAUGACCACCAAGGAUGUGCAGCUGGGAGGCUACACUGUCCCAAAGGUCGCUUAUCAUUUUAUCUCAUUUUAUGUCAUGUUGUAUCAUAUCAUAUCAUAUCGUAAUUAUUCCAUCAUAUCAUAUUCUAUUCAACAGGGAACAACAAUUAUUCCCAAUCUGACCUCAGUGCUAUAUGACAAGAAUGAGUGGGAGAUGCCUUACACCUUCAACCCAAGACACUUUCUGGACGAGGAGGGCAAGUUUGUGAAGAAAGCUGCUUUCAUGCCUUUCUCUGCAGGUAAAGAAUUACACAACACUUUUUUUUAAUGAGUGUUUCUUCACAUAACAAAUGCGGGACCACUGGAGGGUCCUACAUUUGUUAGUCUUUCACACCAUCAAAGAAAAGACCGAGAAAAGACAGUCUAGAGACCACAACAGGCCAUGCUACAGGACAGGCUGCUACAGAUUUAAACUUUGAUAAAGAAAGUUGGUAUCAGUAAAGAAAGGGUGAAAACAUUAGGAGUGGGAAAUUAAUAAAUAGACGCAAGCAUUUGGGGUCAAAUAUGGAAGUGUGCCUUAAGGCAAAGUACAGAUUUAUCAAGAAAAUGUAUGUUCCUUUGAAUUUUCGUUAAUGAAAAAUAUUACAGGUUAAUCAAAAUAACACAAGACGGUUAAGGAUGUGUACAGUUUAUUCUGGAACGUUAUUUCGUUCUUUAAAGUGAAUAAAAGAAGAAAAAAAAACAAUAUAUUUGUUAAAAGUUGAAUUGCCAUAAAAUUUUUGUAGUUGUAGUUUUUCAUUUUAUUUUCCUGUUUUAGGUAAGCGGCUAUGCCUUGGGGAGAACCUGGCAAAGAUGGAGCUUUUCCUCUUCUUCACCUCCUUCAUGCAGAACUUCACCUUCUCCAUGCCUGAGGGGGUGGAGCCUGUGACGGAUUUUGACUUUGGCAUGACUCUGGCACCAUGGCAGUAUGAAAUCUGUGCAGUGUCACGCUGAGAGAAACUCAGACUGACUGAAAAAUUUGAUGGUUAUAACCUUUGUCCUACUUUGUUGUUAUUACUUAUGAUUAUAUGACUAGAAAAGUUCAGUCCCAAAUAAUAAUAAUAAUAAUAAUAAUAAUAAUAAUAACAAUAAUAUCAGAGCAAUAUUGAGUAGCUUGGUUGAUAUUUGCCGGCUCCUGACUGGCUAUGAUGGCUGGAGGUUGAUCACCUGCUUGGUCUGUUUGAGUCUGAAGCUACUUCAGUUUGUUUAAGAAAUGAUCAAAUCUUUUUAGUAUCAGUAUUGAUCAUUGAUUGAUGUUUUUAAGUCAGGGUUUGUUUUUGUCUCCUAGCUCUAAAAUAAGGGUCUCUAGAGUGGUGGAAAAAAAGUGUUUUCAAUUUAAUUCAUUGAGAACAUUUCAAUCAUUUCACAUAUUUUUUCAUCUUUUUAUUUCACACUGAUUUCUCUGACCAGAUAUUUGAGAUGGAUUUUGAGUGAUAUGAGUCUUUAUGAGCUAAAUAAAGGACAUUUAUACCUUGUUAUACUUUGUUCCUCUCCUACGGGGAACAGAAGUUAUAUUCAUAACAUUUCAUUUUGCUGCACUUAUUUGUUUUAAAUAUCUAAUUAUUUUAUGUCUACUUUUGUGAAAAUAAAAAUAACAAAUGACAGACCUGCAUUUGGCCUAAAGUGAUGAUGAGGUUAACUACUAUUAUCCCUAUAAGGCUGUAAACAUUUAAUCAUCUUCCUGUGCAACUUUAUAUGUUUAAAGUGUGACUUUAAAAAGUUGGCUCACCAUUGUUUGUUUUAAAACAAUGCUCGACUUAAUCACCUUUUUAGGGACACUACUGAAGCAUGUCAAGGCAAAGACGUGCAAUGACUGCUUUGUCCAGAAGGGGGUGCUACAAUUGAUUCAAGCUUAAAGUUAAUUCAUAGAAAAUUCCCUGUCUGCACAGUGUGUGCUGAUGGAGGAAUGAGCUAUUCAGACCUGAACUCUUUUUGCACAUGGUUGUAAACAUGUUUAUUUUCACUGUGAAGAUAAUUGUGAAUGAGCCUGCAUGGGGUGUCUGGCGCUUCUGAACUUUGAUUUAAAUUAUUGCAUUGCUAACUUUCUUUAUCACGUCCUAAGGCUGUCAUUUGGGACGAUCGAUUAUCUUGCCAAAGCGUGCACAGUAGUGAUCUGGUUCAUGGAGUCAAGGACUGUUGUUGGACCGUUCAUGCUGACCAAAACACAUGACACAGCUUACUGAUAAAAUAUCAGGUCGAUUUGGUCCACAAUAGAUCAGAUUUGUGUGUUGAUUUGAAGCUGACUCUCGUAAUAAAUUAAAGUUUUUAGGUCACAUUAGUUUUGUGUUUCUCCUCCCUAUUUUUCCUCCAAUGAAGAACUCUGCAGGUGCAAACAUAUUUGUCAAACAACCACCAUUUUAAACAUCGAAUAACUCAUUACUCAAACUGAACCCUUCCAAGCCUUGACCUCAAGCAGGCCAUGACAGCCUUUCUGUAGAUGGCAGUCAGCACCAUCAGGUUUUAGGCUAUGGUCCUCUCACUUUUUCAGCAGAGAAAUGGUGAUUCGCUCCUUCUGGAGUCAGAGUAUCUUCAGGUCUUAUUCAAGAGUGAGAGGUGAAUGGAGUACCAAUAAUAUGCCAAUAAUGAUGGUAAUAGUAUGGGCACAAUCUGCAGAGACUAAAAAUGAAUGAUGAUGGGCUGAUCUUGAUAUUUUUGGCUGUUCAAGUUAGCAGGCCCCAUACCAGCAUUUUGAUAUGUAUAAUAUAGGAAUGAAAGUAUCAAGUAUUUGUAUUUUAUAUUUUCCUGUUGGGUCAAACAGGGUUACAUUGGCAUUGCACUGUAGACACCUAUACUGGGUUUAACAGUCUAUUCUGAAAAUCCACCUUCUCAUAUUGGUUCUAUGAACAACAAUAUCUUAGUCUGCACAAUCCCUUUGUAUUACUUAACUUUUCUUUUUAUGUACAGCACUUUGUGUUGCAUCGGUUUUAGUGAAUGAGCUAAUUCACUAUAAUUGAAGUUAAUUAUCAUUAGUCAUUACACCAGUUUGUAAUUAACCAGUCAUUUAGUCAACCAGUCAAAAGUCACCAGCAACUCUAAAUGAUUUCUUUUCUCAUGUAGUAAUCUUUUUUUAAUUUACAAAGACAAAAAAAAGGGCCAACAAUUCUUCUUUAUUUGCUUCUGGGUUGCUACUCAAAACUCAUGUUACCUUCUCAUCACAAGGUAUCUUUAGGUCAUUAUUUAUCCUGGACAUAACCUUGGACAGGUUUUGGUAAUCAAUAGGUGCGCAAAUAUAGACUGUGGAAAAAUAGGCCACAGUCAAUGAGAUCAGUUGUUUAAGUCAGCAUCUUCAUGCUGACACAACACAAGCCCAUCACUGCACAAGAGAAGCAAGAACAGCGACAGUUGCAGAGUUGAGCCCAGCUUCUAUUAUGGAUUCUAUCGUUUCUGUACUUGUUUCCUACAUGGAUUGGGAUCUCAGAAGUCUUCUGCUCUUUAUAGCAGUUUUCAUCCUCACUACAGAUUACAUUAAGAGCCGACAGCCUGCCAGCUUUCCUCCAAGACCUUGGGGUUUCCCAAUCAUGGGCAACAUGUUUACUGUGGACCACACCAGAACUCAUGAGAGUAUGACAGAGGUAAAUUAGCAAAUGUUGUAAAAAAAAAAAAAAAAGGAAAAAAAAAACUGCCACCACAAAAAAAGCAGGUCAGUUGAUACAAUUCAUCAAUCUGUUGUACUGAGCAUUGCCGUUUCCUCCCAUUUCUGAUGCCCUCACAGUUAAAAGGGAAAUUUGGAAACAUAUACAGUCUGCGGAUGGGUAAUACAUGGAUUGUGGUUGUAAACAGCUUUAAGGUCUACAAGGAAGCUCUGGUUGAUAACGGACACAGCCUGGUGGAUCGUCCAAUCCUUGCUAUGUCAAAUGAACUGAACUAUGGACUGGGUGAGAAGAUGUAAACCACACACACAUGAAAUCUUUGAUAUUGCUUGAAUCAACUGACUUUCAUCUACAUAUCUGAGUCCAACCCUUAUUUUUAACUACUUUUUAAUGUAUUUCCUAUCAGGUAUUCUUUCCAGUAGCGGGUUUUUAUGGAAGCAGCAGAGGCGUUUUGCACUCACAACCCUCAGAAACUUUGGACUCGGCAAGAAAUCACUUGAACCUGUCAUUUUGCAAGAAUUUGUGUUUUGUUCCAAAGAUCUGCGGAAGACUAACGGUAGGCACUAAAUUCACAGUGACAAAUUCAGAGAGAAGAACCAUCACAUUUACAAAAACAACAUCUAUAUUUCCGUUGAACUGUGAAGGUAAGCCAUGUGAUCCACGCUCUAUCGUUAACAACGCGGUCUCCAACAUCAUCUGCUCCCUGGUUUUUGGACAUCGCUUUGAGUACACUGAUGAAAAGUUCAGGAAACUGAUCAACUACUUCUUUGAAUUAUUGCAGAUUCAAAUCUCUCUCUGGGCAUGGGUAUGGCUUUUCUAACUUAUUGACAAAUCUAUAUGCAUGUACCUUUAUUAUGAUCUAAAUUUCUCAGUAUGAUACAAUUGAUCAAAAUACUCCUCUCUAUCUGCUCUCUUAUCAAGCUUUACAACUCAUACCCCCGGCUGAUGAGACACUGGCCUGGGCCGCAUAAAACACUGAGACACAUGUUCACGGACAUUAAGGGAUUCAUAAGAGAAGAGCUGAAGGACCACAAACUAAACUGGGACCCCUCUGACCAAAAAGACUACAUCGACUGCUACCUGAAUGAGAUACGCAAGGUGACUGCAUGAGAUGAGGAUUUGUACUAUUUACACUGUGCCGUUUAGUCACAUGCUGAGUGUUCGGUUUCUGUGACAUUUUUACCUGCUGUCAUUAGAGUAAUGUAAAACUACAAGUUGAUGUUGGAGGUCUCCAAAGCAGGGACAAAAGUAAAGGUUCAAACCAGGUCUUUGCACUACUUUUUGCUAAUAUUUGUUGAAAGGCAGAUGGACUUGAUUUGUGCUGUUUACAUGUCCUCUGCCUCACAGCACUUGCUCUGAACAUCUUAUCAAUGACAAGAUACACACACAUUUUAAGCGAAUUAGACACACAAGUUUAAGUCCACAGAUUUAAGGUAUAUAUUGGACAUUUAAUUUAAAGUUUAGCCCUGAACUAUUUAGAAGCAUGUUUCUAACAAAACUGAAUAUAUUUUCAGGGAAAGGAGCAGGCUGAAAAUACUUUUGAAGAGGAAAACCUGAUAAUGUGCGUCUUGGAUCUGUUUGUAGCUGGCUCUGAAACCACAACCGCUACCUUACUCUGGGCUUUUCUCUUCAUGGCAAAGUACCCUGAGAUCCAGAGUAAGAGCACUAACAUUUGACUUUAUUUUGUGCAAAUGGGUGGUACCAAAACAUGUCCUAUUGUUGUGAUUUUGUUGUUUGAAAGCUCAACACUCGCUUAUAUAUAUCAUGUCAUUCUUGUCACUUUAAAGCAACAGAUGUCACGCAAACAUUGUUUUCUCCAAUCUACUUAACAGCAACUUUGUGUGUCACAGGUGGAAAAAUAAAAAACAACAGCAACAACCCCCUGCUAUAUUUUGUUUCAUCUCUUUGACAGUGUUUCAUACAUACUCUUGUAGUGUUUUGAUAAAAUAUGUGUCAACGUGUUGCUUGUUUUCUUUUCCUGUUGCACAGAAAAGGUCCAGAUCGAGAUAGAGGAAGUGAUUGGGUCCAAGCAGCCAUCAACAGGAGAUCGUGUUAACCUCCCCUAUACUGAUGCUGUCAUCCAUGAGGUCCAGAGAAUGGGCAACACUGUCCCUCUCAGCUUGUCUCAUUUCACCAGCAAUGAAAUACAUAUUGGAGGAUACACUAUCCCUAAGGUCAGUUUAUGUUCCAUAAACCUCCACCCUUUUUAAACUUAAUGGAUUAAAUGUGACAUUACAUUCCUCCAAUCACUAGGGAAUUACAGUCAUGCCCAACUUGACCUCAGUCCUGUAUGAUGAGAAUGAGUGGGAGACGCCCCACACCUUCAACCCAAGACACUUUCUGAACGAGGAGGGCAAGUUUGUGAAGCCAGCUGCUUUCAUCCCUUUCUCUGCAGGUGAGGAUAUACUCUAUAACUUGUUUGCUUAGAGUCUUUUACUGUAGAGUGGGGCCAAGGUAGAUCUGCUCAUGAUAAUAGAAAACUUAUCUUCAAUAAAAACAGAUUGAAAACAUUGCAGGGACUGAUUUUUCUAAUAUGUACCGUGAGACAGAGGAUCAUGAGUGGUGCUUCUUUGGUACUGUUGGACAGACAAAAACAGCAGAUAGAAGCUUAUAAUAGACUGCAAGGAGAAAACCUCAAAUUUCAGAAAACUCAGCUGUAACUUAACUCAGAGUCCAGUUGUUUGAUAUGAUGUGUGUGACCACGUUUACCCUGGCUCUGCUUUUGCUCUUGGGAAUUGAUUACAUUGGUUCAAGUUUAAUCUUUUGUUUCAGGCAAGCGGCUGUGUCCAGGGGAGAGCCUGGCUAAGAUGGAACUUUUCCUCUUCUUCACCUCCUUCAUGCAGCACUUCACUUUCUCCAUGCCUCCUGGGGUGACACCUGUGAUGGACUCCCACUUUGGCAUCGUUCUGGCUCCUCAUCAGUAUGACAUCUGUGCAACACCACGCUCAGAGGGGCUCUGACAAACCCAAAGAAGUUCCAUUGGGGACAACCUUUGUUUUCAGUCGUCAUUCCUCAGGAUUACACAACUUCAUUUUAUUUCUUAAAUGUUCAGUAUUUAGCCCUGUUUUGAAUUUUGGGAUUAUAACACUUAGCACAGAAUUUAUGUAUGUAUUUUUCAUGCUUUCAUUAAUAAAAAUUUCUUAUGCAAAAUGUUUAAAUGAGUAUGAGUUUAGAUUUUCAAAACAUGAUCUCUGUUAAACCUGGGUCAUAGUAUACACAAAAAUAUAAAAGCCUAAGUAUGUUGAGGUAUAUGUAUACAUCCAUACUGUAUUAAAAUAUAUUUAGUUUUGUCUUAGGCUAAGUUGAGCUCUGGCACCCUUUGUCCAGACAUUUCCACUUUUUUUGAGAAAUUAAAAGUUGAAUAUGUGGUCUAGACUUAAAACACUAAAAAGCGUUGGGAUAAUGCUCAGUACAAAUAUCCUUCAAUAACAUCCCUCCCUGGAAUCUAUGUAUUAGAUCUGAAUAUUAAAUAUUAAGAUAAAAUAUUACUUAAAGGAAGAAAUCAUUCCAUACCCAAAAAACAAACCUUCAGAAGCCUCAUUGACAGGUAGGGAUAACACAAUAUACACUAUGAACCUUCCAUAAACACUCUGUUUAAAAUAUACAAUCUUAAACCUAUAUAGUACAAAGUGAAUAAGGGUGUGUCUGAGCACAUUCUUUCUGGUUAAAUUGUGCACAAUCUGUACACAAAGUGAAGCAAAUAGGGUGCAAAGAGGUUUGAUUAAGUCCCUUAGUUAUUAAAACAUGUCCUCUGUGUGCAACAUGAAUCAGACCAAUUACAGUAUCUCCCUUUAGGAGCUAGGUGCACCAGCAUGUAGCCAUGUUACUAUUUACAUUGUGGAUUUUUAGCCUUUUUAUUUAAGUCAAGUGGAGCUGCUGCACAACAAAAAAUGAUCAUGCUUUUCCAAAUUAACAGAGAUGUGUACAUUACUGCUCAAGGAACGGCAAAAUAACUUUAUCAAUUAUUCAAAACUCAGGACACACAACAACCAUAUUGGCCAGGUUGUAAAGAUUAUUAUUGUCGCCUGUGUUAAACCUCAAAGAAAUAUGGGCUUUUAAUCUUAAGUUUCAUGAUACUAGAGGUCAUCAUACUGUAAUAAGAUAAGGGUGUGAGAACAACUGUUUCAGGUUGGAAAUGACUAUGACAAUUGUCUUGCAUGCCGCGUUGCUUUUUGUCAGGUGUAUAUUGAGCCCUUGGCUAAAAUGCAUGUGUAAAAUCAAUUUAAAGUACCUCUUUGCCUAAAUUUUGAUAUGGCUUGUCCCUUGUAUAUCACUCACUGUGACUGAAUGGUUGAUUUAGAGUCACUGAUUAACAGUAUUGGACAUUGCAGCUCAGGGAAUAACCAGAUCAGGGGUUAUUUCAACUGGACUACCCCUGGUAUGCUGCCAAGCCAUAAACAUUGAGCUUCUCCCUCACAGGACAAGUAAGGGUGACAUAACUCGGGGAUUGACAGCAUAUCCUUUUGUCUCACACGAGUAAAGCAGAAGAUUAAGUUACUCAGACUCAAUUUUUUGUUUGCAAAAAUUGAUGGUUGAAAAUUUAAGAAAGAGUUAUCUUGUUUCUGUUUUAACAUUUUGGAGGAGUUGACAGAUAAAGACAAGGCUUGGGGAUAUUUCCAAUGACAAGGAGGUGCUUGAGGCUGGAGUUGAACCAGCGACCUUAGGAUCACAGCCUUUCACACAUGGAGCAUCUUACAGUCCAACGCUCUACCAACUGAGCUAUCAAGGUGCUCUCUACUCACAACUGCAGAAUACAUAGUGGCUUAGGAGAGAUACUAUGCCCACAGAACUAUUCCGACCCACGGUCAAUGAAAAGCCAAGCCCUACCUGCAGAACAAAGCUAUGCAGUUUGUACCCAAGAGUCAUUGCCAGGGACCCAGAAUUCAGAGUGAGGACCUUUAGGCUGGGUGAAUAAAAAAUUGAUGGUUGAAAAUUUAAGAAAGAGUUAUCUUGUUUGUGUUUUUACAUUUUGGAGGAGUUGACAGAUAGAGACAAGGAUUGGGGGUAUUUCCAAUGACAAGGAGGUGCUUGUAGCUGGAGUUGAACCAGCGACCAUAGGAUCACAGCGUUUCACACAAGGAGCAUCUUACAGUCCAACGCUUAACCAACUGAGCUAUCAAGGUGCUCUCUACUCACAACUGCAGAAUACAUAGUGGCUUAGGAGAGAUACUAAGCCCACAGAACUAUUCGAACCCACGGUAAAUGAAAAGCCAAGCCCUACCUGCAGAACAAAGCUUUGCAGUUUGUACCCAACAGUCAUUGCCAGGGACCCAGAACUUAGAAUCAGGACCUUUAGGCUGGGUGAAUAAAAAAUUGAUGGUUGAAAAUUUAAGAAAGAGUUAUCUUGUUUGUGUUUUUACAUUUUGGAGGAGUUGACAGAUAAAGACAAGGAUUGGGGGUAUUUCCAAUGACAAGGAGGUGCUUGGAGCUGGACUUGAAACAGCGACCUAAGGAUCACAGCGUAUCACACAAGGAGCAUCUUAAAGUCCACUGCUCUACCAACUGAGCUAUUAAGGUGAUCGCUACUGACAACUGCAGAAUACAUAGUGGCUUAGGAGAGAUACUAUGCCCAUAGAACUUUUAGAACCCACGGUAAAUGAAAAGCCAAGCCCUACCUGCAGAACAAAGUUUUGCAGUUUGUACCCAACAGUCAUUGCCAGGGACCCAGAACUUAGAAUCAGCACCUUUAGGCUGGGUGAAUAAAAAAUUGAUGGUUGAAAAUUUAAGAAAGAUUUAUCUUGUUUGUGUUUUUACAUUUUGGAGGAGUUGACAGAUAAAGACAAGGCUUGGGGGUAUUUCCAAUGACGAGGAGGUGCUUGUAGCUGGAGUUGAACCAGGGACCUUAGGAUCACAAUGUUUCACACAAGGAGCAUCUUACAGUCCAACGCUUUACCAACUGAGCUAUCAAGGUGCUCUCGAAUCACAACUGCAGAAUACAUAGUGGCUUAGGAGAGAUACUAUGCCCACAGAAAUAUUCGAACCCACGGUCAAUGAAAAGCCAAGCCCUACCUGCAGAACAAAGCUUUGCAGUUUGUACCCAACAGUCAUUGCCAGGGACCCAGAACUUAGAAUCAGGACCUUUAGGCUGGGUGAAUAAAAAAUUGAUGGUUGAAAAUUUAAGAAAGAGUUAUCUUGUUUGUGUUUUUACAUUUUGGAGGAGUUGACAGAUAAAGACAAGGAUUGGGGGUAUUUCCAAUGACAAGGAGGUGCUUGGAGCUGGACUUGAACCAGCGACCUAAGGAUCACAGCGUAUCACACAAGGAGCAUCUUAAAGUCCACUUCUCUACCAACUGAGCUAUUAAGGUGAUCGCUACUGACAACCGCAGAAUACAUAGUGGCUUAGGAGAGAUACUAUGCCCAUAGAACUUUUAGAACCCACGGUAAAUGAAAAGCCAAGCCCUACCUGCAGAACAAAGUUUUGCAGUUUGUACCCAACAGUCAUUGCCAGGGACCCAGAACUUAGAAUCAGGACCUUUAGGCUGGGUGAAUAAAAAAUUGAUGGUUGAAAAUUUAAGAAAGAGUUAUCUUGUUUGUGUUUUUACAUUUUGAAGGAGUUGACAGCUAGAGACAAGGAUUGGGGGUAUUUAGAAUGACAAGGAGGUGCUUGUAGCUGGAGUUGAACCAGCGACCUUAGGAUCACAGCGUUUCACACAAGGAGCAUCUUACAGUCCAACGCUUUACCAACUGAGCUAUCAAGGUGCUCUCUACUCACAACUGCAGAAUACAUAGUGGCUAAGGAGAGAUACUAAGCCCACAGAACUAUUCGAACCCACGAUCAAUGAAAAGCCAAGCCCUACCUGCAGAACAAAGCUUUGCAGUUUGUACCCAACAGUCAUUGCCAGGGACCCAGAACUUAGAAUAAGGACCUUUAGGCUGGGUGAAUAAAAAAUUGAUGGUUGAAAAUUUAAGAAAGAGUUAUCUUGUUUGUGUUUUUACAUUUUGGAGGAGUUGACAGAUAAAGACAAGGCUUGGGGGUAUUUCCAAUAACAAGGAGGUGCUUGUAGCUGGAGUUGAACCAUCGACCUUAGGAUGACAGCGUUUCACACAAGGAGCAUCUAAUAGUCAACGGCUCUACCAACUGAGCUAUCAAGGUGCUCUCUACUCACAACUGCAGAAUACAUAGUGGCUUAGGAGAGAUACUAUGCCCACAGAACUAUUCGAACCCACGGUCAAUGAAAAGCCAAGCCCUACCUGCAGAACAAAGCUUUGCAGUUUGUACCCAACAGUCAUUGCCAGGGACCCAGAACUUAGAAUCAGGACCUUUAGGCUGGGUGAAUAAAAAAUUGAUGGUUGAAAAUUUAAGAAAGAGUUAUCUUGUUUGUGUUUUUACAUUUUGGAGGAGUUGACAGAUAAAGACAAGGAUUGGGGGUAUUUCCAAUGACAAGGAGGUGCUUGGAGCCGGAGUUGAACCAGCGACCUUAGGAUCACAGCGUUUCACACAAGGAGGAUUUAACAGUCGACCGCUCUACCAACGGAGCUAUCAAGCUGCUCUCUAUUCACAACUGCAGAAUACAUAGUGGCUAAGGAGAGAUACUAUGCCCACAGAACUAUUCGAACCCAUGGUCAAUGAAAAGCCAAGCCCUACCUGCAGAACAAAGCUUUGCAGUUUGUACCCAACAGUCAUUGCCAAGGACCCAGAACUUAGAAUCAGGACCUUUAGGCUGGGUGAAGAAAAAAUUGAUGGUUGAAAAUUUAAGAAAGAGUUAUCUUGUUUAUGUUUUUACAUUUUGGAGGAGUUGACAGAAAGAGACAAGGAUUGGGGGUAUUUUCAAUGACAAGGAGGUGAUUGGAGCCGGAGUUGAAGCAGGGACCUUAGGAUCACAGCGUUUCACACAAGGAGCAUCUUAAAGUCCACUGCUCUACCAACUGAGCUAUUAAGGUGAUCGCUACUGACAACCGCAGAAUACAUAGUGGCUUAGGAGAGAUACUAUGCCCAUAGAACUUUUAGAACCCACGGUAAAUGAAAAGCCAAGCCCUACCUGCAGAACAAAGUUUUGCAGUUUGUACCCAACAGUCAUUGCCAGGGACCCAGAACUUAGAAUCAGCACCUUUAGGCUGGGUGAAUAAAAAAUUGAUGGUUGAAAAUUUAAGAAAGAGUUAUCUUGUUUGUGUUUUUACAUUUUGGAGGAGUUGACAGAUAAAGACAAGGCUUGGGGGUAUUUCCAAUGACGAGGAGGUGGUUGGAGCUGGAGUUGAACCAGCGACCUUAGGAUCACAGCGUUUCACACAAGGAGCAUCUUACAGUCCAACGCUUUACCAACUGAGCUAUCAAGGUGCUCUCGAAUCACAACUGCAGAAUACAUAGUGGCUUAGGAGAGAUACUAAGCCCACAGAACUAUUCGAACCCACGGUCAAUGAAAAGCCAAGCCCUACCUGCAGAACAAAGCUUUGCAGUUUGUACCCAACAGUCAUUGCCAGGGACCCAGAACUUAGAAUCAGGACCUUUAGGCUGGGUGAAUAAAAAAUUGAUGGUUGAAAAUUUAAGAAAGAGUUAUCUUGUUUUUGUUUUUACAUUUUGAAGGAGUUGACAGCUAGAGACAAGGAUUGGGGGUAUUUAGAAUGACAAGGAGGUGCUUGUAGCUGGAGUUGAACCAUCGACCUUAGGAUCACAGCAUUUCACACAAGGAGCAUCUUACAGUCCACCGCUUUACCAACUGAGCUAUCAAGGUGCUCUCUACUCACAACUGCAGAAUACAUAGUGGCUAAGGAGAGAUACUAAGCCCACAGAACUAUUCGAACCCACGAUCAAUGAAAAGCCAAGCCCUACCUGCAGAACAAAGCUUUGCAGUUUGUACCCAACAGUCAUUGCCAGGGACCCAGAACUUAGAAUAAGGACCUUUAGGCUGGGUGAAUAAAAAAUUGAUGGUUGAAAAUUUAAGAAAGAGUUAUCUUGUUUGUGUUUUUACAUUUUGGAGGAGUUGACAGAUAAAGACAAGGCUUGGGGGUAUUUCCAAUAACAAGGAGGGGCUUGUAGCUGGAGUUGAACCAUCGACCUUAGGAUGACAGCGUUUCACACAAGGAGCAUCUAAUAGUCAACGGCUCUACCAGCUGAGCUAUCAAGGUGCUCUCUACUCACAACUGCAGAAUACAUAGUGGCUUAGGAGAGAUACUAAGCCCAUAGAACUAUUCGAACCCACGGUAAAUGAAAAGCCAAGCCCUACCUGCAGAACAAAGCUUUGCAGUUUGUACCCAACAGUCAUUGCCAGGGACCCAGAACUUAGAAUCAGGACCUUUAGGCUGGGUGAAGAAAAAAUUGAUGGUUGAAAAUUUAAGAAAGAGUUAUCUUGUUUGUGUUUUUACAUUUUGGAGGAGUUGACAGAUAAAGACAAGGAUUGGGGGUAUUUCCAAUGACAAGGAGGUGCUUGGAGCUGGAGUUGAACCAGCGACCUUAGGAUCACAGCGUUUCACACAAGGAGGAUUUAACAGUCGACCGCUCUACCAACUGAGCUAUCAAGGUGCUCUCUAUUCACAACUGCAGAAUACAUAGUGGCUAAGGAGAGAUACUAUGCCCACAGAACUAUUCGAACCCAUGGUCAAUGAAAAGCCAAGCCCUACCUGCAGAACAAAGCUUUGCAGUUUGUACCCAACAGUCAUUGCCAAGGACCCAGAACUUAGAAUCAGGACCUUUAGGCUGGGUGAAGAAAAAAUUGAUGGUUGAAAAUUUAAGAAAGAGUUAUCUUGUUUAUGUUUUUACAUUUUGGAGGAGUUGACAGAAAGAGACAAGGAUUGGGGGUAUUUUGAAUGACAAGGAGGUGAUUGGAGCCGGAGUUGAACCAGGGACAUUAGGAUCACAGCGUUUCACACAAGGAGCAUCUUACAGUCCAACGCUUUACCAACUGAGCUUUCAAGGUGCUCUCUGCUCACAACUGCAGAAUACAUAGUGGCUUAGGAGAGAUACUAUGCCCACAGAACUAUUCGAACCCACGGUCAAUGAAAAGCCAAGCCCUACCUGCAGAACAAAGCUUUGCAGUUUGUACCCAACAGUCAUUGCCAGGGACCCAGAACUUAGAAUCAGGACCUUUAGGCUGGGUGAAUAAAAAAUUGAUGGUUGAAAAUUUAAGAAAGAGUUAUCUUGUUUGUGUUUUUACAUUUUGGAGGAGUUGACAGAUAAAGACAAGGCUUGGGGGUAUUUCCAGUGACAAGGAGGUGUUUGGAGCUGGAGUUGAACCAGCGACCUUAGGAUCACAGCGUUUAACAAAACGAGCAGCUUACAGUCCAACGCUUUACCAACUGAGCUAUCAAGGUGCUCUCUCCUCACAACUGCAGAAUACAUAGUGGCUUAGGAGAGAUACUAUGCCCACAGAACUAUUCGAACCCACGGUCAAUGAAAAGCCAAGCCCUACCUGCAGAACAAAGCUUUGCAGUUUGUACCCAACAGUCAUUGCCAGGGACCAUGAACUUAGAAUCAGGACCUGUAGGCUGGGUGAAUAAAAAAUUGAUGGUUGAAAAUUUAAGAAAGAGUUAUCUUGUUUGUGUUUUUACAUUUUGGAGGAGUUGACAGAUAAAGACAAGGCUUGGGGGUAUUUCCAGUGACAAGGAGGAGCUUGGAGCUGGAGUUGAACCAGCGACCUUAGGAUCACAGCGUUUCACACAACGAGCAGCUUACAGUCCAACGCUUAACCAACUGAGCUAUCAAGGUGCUCUCUCCUCACAACUGCAGAAUACAUAGUGGCUUAGGAGAGAUACUAUGCCCACAGAACUAUUCGAACCCACGGUCAAUGAAAAGCCAAGCCCUACCUGCAGAACAAAACUUUGCAGUUUGUACCCAACAGUCAUUGCCAGGGACCAUGAACUUAGAAUCAGGACCUGUAGGCUGGGUGAAUAAAAAAUUGAUGGUUUAAAAUUUAAGAAAGAGUUAUCUUGUUUGUGUUUUUACAUUUUGGAGGAGUUGACAGAUAAAGACAAGGCUUGGGGGUAUUUCCAAUGAGAAGGAGGUGCUUGGAGCUGGAGUUGAACCAGCAACCUUAGAAUCACAUCGUUCACACAAGGAGCAUCUUACAGUCCACCUCUCUACCAACUGAGCUAUCAAGGUGCUCUCUACUCACAACUGCAGGAUACAUAGUGGCUUAGGAGAGAUACUAAGCCCACAGAACUAUUCGAACCCAUGGUCAAUGAGAAGCCAAGCCCUACCUGCAGAACAAAGCCUUGCAGUUUGUACCCAACAGUCAUUGCCAGGGACCCAGAACUUAGAAUCAGGACCUUUAGGCUUGGUGAAUAAAAAAUUGAUGGUUGAAAAUUUAAGAAAGAGUUAUCUUGUUUGUGUUUUUACAUUUUGGAGGAGUUGACAGAUAAAGACAAGGUUUGGGGGUAUUUCCAAUGACAAGGAGGUGCUUGGAGCUGGAGUUGAACCAGCGACCUUAGGAUCACAGCGUUUCACACAAGGAGCAUCUUACAGUCCACCGCUCUACCAACUGAGCUAUCAAGCUGCUCUCUACUCACAACUGCAGAAUACAUAGUGACUUAGGAGAGAUACUAUGCCCACAGAACUAUUCGAACCCACGGUCAAUGAAAAGCCAAGCCCUACCUGCAGAACAAAGCUUUGCAGUUUGUACCCAACAGUCAUUGCCAGGGACCCAGAACUUAGAAUCAGGACCUUUAGGCUGGGUGAAUAAAAAAUUGAUGGUUGAAAAUUUAAGAAAGAGUUAUCUUGUUUGUGUUUUUACAUUUUGGAGGAGUUGACAGAUAAAGACAAGGCUUGGGGUUAUUUCCAAUGACAAGGAGGUGCUUGGAGCUGGAGUUGAACCAGGGACCUUAGGAUCACAGCGUUUCACACAAGGAGCAUCUUACAGUACAACUCUUUACCAACUGAGCUAUCAAGGUGCUCUCUACUCACAACUGCAGAAUACAAAGUGGCUUAGGAGAGAUACUAAGCCCAAUGAACUAUUCGAACCCACGUUCAAUGAAAGGCCAAGCCCUACCUGCAGAACAAAGCUUUGCAGUUUGUAACCAACAGUCAUUGCCAGGGACCCAGAACUUGGAAUCAGGACCUUUAGGCUGGGUGAAUAAAAAAUUGAUGGUUGAAAAUUUAAGAAAGAGUUAUCAUGUUUGUGUUUUUACAUUUUGGAGGAGUUGACAGAUAAAGACAAGGUUUGGGGGUAUUUCCAAUGACAAGGAGGUGCUUGGAGCUGGAGUUGAACCAGCGACCUUAGGAUCACAGCGUUUCACACAAGGAGCAUCUUACAGUCCACCGCUCUACCAACUGAGCUAUCAAGCUGCUCUCUACUCACAUCUGCAGAAUACAUAGUGACUUAGGAGAGAUACUAUGCCCACAGAACUAUUCGAACCCACGGUCAAUGAAAAGCCAAGCCCUACCUGCAGAACAAAGCUUUGCAGUUUGUACCCAACAGUCAUAGCCAGGGACCCAGAACUUAGAAUCAGGACCUUUAGGCUGGGUGAAUAAAAAAUUGAUGGUUGAAAAUUUAAGAAAGAGUUAUCUUGUUUGUGUUUUUACAUUUUGGAGGAGUUGACAGAUAAAGACAAGGUUUGGGGGUAUUUCCAAUGACAAGGAGGUGCUUGGAGCUGGAGUUGAAAAAAGGGACCUUAGGAUCACAGCGUUUCACACAAGGAGCAUCUUACAGUCCAACGCUCUACCAACUGAGCUAUCAAGGUGCUCUCUACUCACAACUGCAGAAUACAUAGUGGCUUAGGAGAGAUACUAUGCCCACAGAACUAUUCAAACCCACGGUCAAUGAAAAGCCAAGCCCUACCUGCAGAACAAAGCUUUGCAGUUUGUACCCAAAAGUCAUUGCCAGGCACCCAGAACUUAGAAUCAGGACCUUUAGGCUGGAUGAAUAAAAAAUUGAUGGUUGAAAAUUUAAGAAAGAGUUAUCUUGUUUGUGUUUUUACAUUUUGGAGGAGUUGACAGAUAAAGACAAGGCUUGGGGGUAUUUCCAAAGAAAAGGAUGAGCUUGGAGCUAGAGUUGAACCAGCGACCUUAGGAUCACAGCAUUUCACACAAGGAGCAUCUUACAGUCCAACGCUCUACCAACUGAGCUAUCAAGGUGCUCUCUACUCACGACUGCAGAAUACAUAGUGGCUUAGGAGAGAUACUGUGCCCACAGAACUAUUCGAACCCAUGGUCAAUGAAAAGCCAAGCCCUACCUGCAGAACAAAGCUUUGCAGUUUGUACCCAACAGUCAUUGCCAGGGACCCAGAACUUAGAAUCAGGACCUUUAGGCUGGGUGAAUAAAAAAUUGAUGGUUGAAAAUUUAAGAAAAAGUUAUCUUGUUUGUGUUUUUACAUUUUGGAGGAGUUGACAGAUAAAGACAAGGCUUGGGGGUAUUUCCAAUGACAAGGAGGUGCUUGGAGCUGGAGUUGAAUAAGGGACCUUAGGAUCACAGCGUUUCACACAAGGAGCAUUAUACAGUCUACCGCUCUACCAACUGAGCUAUCAAGCUGCUCUCAACUCACAACUGCAGAAAACAUAGUGGCUUAGGAGAGAUACUAUGCCCACAGAAGUAUUCGAACCCACGGUCAAUGAAAAGCCAAGCCCUACCUGCAGAACAAAGCUUUGCAGUUUGUACCCAACAGUCAUUGCCAGGGACCCAGAACCUAGAAUCAGGACCUUUAGGCUGGAUGAAUAAAAAAUUGAUGGUUGAAAAUUUAAGAAAGAGUUAUCUUGUUUGUGUUUUUACAUUUUGGAGGAGUUGACAGAUAAAGACAAGGCUUUGGGGUAUUUCCAAUGACAAGGAGGUGCUUGGAGCUGGAGUUGAACCAGCGACCUUAGGAUCACAGCGUUUCACACAAGGAGCAUCUUACAGUCCAACGCUCUACCAACUGAGCUAUCAAGGUGCUCUCUACUCACAACUGCAGAAUACAUAGUGGCUUAGGAGAGAUACUAUGCCCACAGAACUAUUCGAACCCACGGUCAAUGAAAAGCCAAGCCCUACCUGCAGAACAAAGCUUUGCAGUUUGUACCCAACAGUCAUUGCCAGGGACCCAGAACUUAGAAUCAGGACCUUUAGGCUGGGUGAAUAAAAAAUUGAUGGUUGAAAAUUUAAGAAAGAGUUAUCUUUUUUGUGUUUUUACAUUUUGGAGGAGUUGACAGAUAAAGACAAGGAUUGGGGGUAUUUCCGAAUGACAAGGAGGUGCAUGGAGCUGGAGUUGAAACAGGGACCUUAGGAUCACAGCAUUUCACACAAGGAGCAUCUUACAGUCCAACGCUCUACCAACUGAGCUAUCAAGCUGAUGUCUAGUCACAAGUGCAGAAUACAUAGUGGCUUAGGAGAGAUACCAUGCCCACAGAACUAUUCGAACACACGGUCAAUGAAAAGCCAAGCCCUACCUGCAGAACAAAGCUUUGCAGUUUGUACCCAAAAGUCAUUGCCAGGGACCCAGAACUUAGAAUCAGGAGCUUUAGGCUAGGUGAAUAAAAAAUUGAUGGUUGAAAAUUUAAGAAAGAGUUAUCUUGUUUGUGUUUUUACAUUUUGGAGGAGUUGACAGAUAAAGACAAGGCUUUGGGGUAUUUCCAAUGACAAGGAGGUGCCUGGAGCUGGAGUUGAACCAGCAACCUUAGGAUCACAACUUUUCACACAAGGAGCAUCUUACAGUCGAACGCUCUACCAACCGAGCUAUCAAGGUGCUCUCUACUCACAACUGCAGAAUACAUAGUGGCUUAGGAGAGAUACUAUGCCCACAGAACUAUUCGAACCCAUGGUCAAUGAAAAGCCAAGCCCUACCUGCAGAGCAAAGCUUUGCAGUUUGUACCCAAAAGUCAUUGCCAGGGACCCAGAACUUAGAAUCAGGACCUUUAGGCUGGGUGAAUAAAAAAUUGAUGGUUGAAAAUUUAAGAAAGAGUUAUCUUGUUUGUGUUUUUACAUUUUGGAGAAGUUGACAGAUAAAGAAAAGGCUUGGGGGUAUUUCCAAUGACAAGGAGGUGCUUGGAGCUGGAGUUGGACCAGCGACCUUAGGAUCACAGUGUUUCACACAAGGAGCAUUUUAGAGUCCACUGCUCUACCAUCUGAGCUAUCAAGGUGCUCUCUACUCACAACUGCAGAAUACAUAGUGGCUUAGGAGAGAUACUAUGCCCACAGAACUAUUCGAACCCACGGUCAAUGAAAAGCCAAGCCCUACCUGCAGAACAAAGCUUUGCAGUUUGUACCCAACAGUCAUUGCCAGGGACCCAGAACUUAGAAUCAGGACCUUUAGGCUGGGUUAAUAAAAAAUUGAUGGUUGAAAAUUUAAGAAAGAGUUAUCUUGUUCGUGUUUUUACAUUUUGGAGGAGUUGACAGAUAAAGACAAGGCUUGGGGGUAUUUCCAAUGACAAGGAGGUGCUUGGAGGUGGAGAUGAAGCAGCGACCUUUGGAUCACAGCGUUUCACACAAGGAGCAUCUUACAGUCCAACGCUCUACCAACUGAGCUAUCAAGGUGCUCUCUACUCACAACUGCAGAAUACAUAGUGGCUUAGGAGAGAUACUAUACCCACAGAACUAUUCGAACCCACGGUCAAUGAAAAGCCAAGCCCUACCUGCAGAACAAAGCUUUGCAGUUUGUACCCAACAGUCAUUGCCAGGGACCCAGAACUUAGAAUCAGGACCUUUAGGCUGGGUGAAUAAAGUUUAGCCCUGAACUAUUUAGAAGCAUGUUUCUAAAAAAACUGAAUAUAAUUUCAGGGUAAGGAGCAGGCUGAAAAUACUUUUGAAGAGGAAAACCUGAUAAUGUGCGCCUUGGAUCUGUUUGUAGCUGGCUCUGAAACCACAAACGCUACCUUACUCUGGGCUUUUCUCUUAAUGAAAAAAACACCCCAGUUUUUUGGGGUGCAGAUAGAAGCUUAUAAUAGACUGCAAGGAGAAAGCCUUCAAUUUCAGAAAAUUCAGCUGUAACUUAACUCAGAGUCCAGUUGUUUGAUAUGAUGUGUGUGUCUACGUUAAACCUGGCUCUGCUUUUGCUCUUGGGUAUUGAUUACAUUGGUUCAAGUUUAAUAUUUUGUUUCAGGCAAGUGGCUGUGUCCAGGGGAGAGCCUGGCUAAGAUGGAACUUUUCCUCUUCUUCACCUCCUUCAUGCAGCACUACACCUUCUCCAUGCCUCCUGGGGUGACACCUGUGAUGGACUCCCACUUUGGCAUCGUUCUGGCUCCUCAUCAGUAUGACAUCUGUGCAACACCACGCUCAGAGGGGCUCUGACAAACCCAAAGAAGUGCCAUUGGGGACAACCUUUGUUUUCAGUCGUCAUUACUCAGGAUUACACAACUUCAUUUUAUUUCUUAAAUGUUCAGUAUUUAACCCUGUUUUGAAUUAUGGGAUUACCACUAUACUUUUAAACACUUAGCACAGAGUUUAUGUAUGUAUUUUUCAUGCUUUCAUUAAUAAAAAUUUAUUGUGCAGAAUGUUUAAAUGAGUAUGAGUUUAGAUUUUUAAAACAUGAUCUCUGUUAAACCUGGGUCAGUGUAUACUGUACACAAAAAUAUAAAACCCUAAGUAUGUUGAGGUAUAUGUAUACAUCCAUACUGUACUAAAAUAUAUUUAUUUUGUCUUAGGCUAAGUUAAGUUCUUUCACCCUUUGUUCAAACAUUUCCACUUUUUUUGAGAAAUAAAAAGUUGAAUAUGUGGUCUAGACUUAAAACUCUAAAAAGCGUUGGGAUAAUGCUCAGUACAAAUAUCCUUCAAUAACAUCUCUCCCUGGAGUCUAUGUACUAGACAAGUAGGGAUAACACAAUAUACACUAUGAACCUUCCAUAAACACCCUGUUUAAAAUGCACAAUCUUAAACCUAUAUAGUACAAAGUGAAUUAGGGUGUGUCUGACCAUAUUUUUUUUGGUUAAAAUUGUGCACAAUCUGUAUGCUAAGUAGGCACAUAGGGUGCAAAGAGGUUUGAUUAAGUCCCUUAGUUGUUAAAGCAUGUCCUCUGGGUGCAACAUGAAUCAGACCAAUUACAGUAUCUCCCUUUAGGAGCUAGGUGCACUAGCAUGUAGCCAUUUUACAAUUUACAUCAUGGAUUUUUAGCCUUUUUAUUUAAGUCAAGUAGAGCUGCCGCACAACCAAAAAUGAUCAUGCUUUUCCAAAUUAACAGAGAUGUGUACAUUACUGCUCAAGGCACGGCAACAUAACUUUAUCAAUUAUUCAAAACUCAGGACACACAACAACCAUAUUGGCCAGGUUGUAAAGAUUACUAUUGUCGCCUGUGUUAAACCUCAAAGAAAUAUGGGCUUUUAAUCUUUAUUUUCAUGAUACUAGAGGUCAUCAUUCUGUAAUAAGAUAAGGGUGUGAAAACAACUGCGUCAGGUUGGAAAUGACUAUGACAAUUGUCUUGCAUGCCACGUUGCUUUUUGUCAGGUGUAUAUUGAGCCCUUGGCUAAAGUGCAUGGGUAAAAUCAAUUUAAAGUACCUCUUUGCCUAAAUUUUGAUAUGGCUUGUCCCUUGUAUAUCACUCACUGUGACUGAAUGGUUGAUUUAGAGUCACUGAUUAACAGUAUUGGACAUUGCAGCUCAGGGAAUAACCAGAUCAGGGGUUAUUUCAACUGGACUGCCCCUGGUAUGCUGCCAAGCCAUAAACACUGAACUUCUCCCUCACAGGAGAGGUAAGGGUGACAUAACUCGGGGAUUGACAGCAUAUCUUUUUGUCUCACACGAGUAAAGCAGAAGAUUCAGUUACUCGGACUCAAUUUUUUGUUUGCAGAAUGGAUUUGAUCACUUCCACAGCUGGAACAUACUUGAUCUGGGAUGUCAAAAGCCUGCUGCUCUUCACUGCCAUCUUUGUCCUCACUGUAGAUUAUAUAAAGAACCUCCGGCCACCUGGCUUCCCUCCAGGACCUUGGGCUUUACCAGUCGUGGGCAACACCUUCUCAGUGGACCACAACAAGACCCAUGAGAGUUUAACGCAGGUAGACGAAUGAGCCUCAAAUAAGUCACAACAGGUCAACUUAAUGUCACAUGUUAUAUUGAACAUUUUGUUUGUCCUUUUGUAAUGAAUAAACCCACAGAUAGCAAGAAAAUAUGGAGAUGUGUACAGCCUGCGAAUGGUCCGGAAGUGGGUGGUGGUCUUAAAUGGGUUUGAUGUUCUGAAAGAAGCUCUUGUAAAUCAAGGAGAUAGUGUGGUAGACCGUCCAUCCCUCCCUCUGGUUAUGGACCUGACCCAUGGACUUGGUGAGAGGAUGUUAAACACUGACUAAACAUAAAGCUUUGUAUUUGCUGUGUUAAACCCACUAAUACUAUGAAAUCUAGGAUAAUUAUACAUGAAACCAUUACUUAAUGAGUACAGUGGAUAAUAUCUUGUUUCUCCUCUCUGAAAAAAAGUAUUGAGGUCUGUGAUUUGCUAGCACAACCACAGUUUAGACUUUAUUAGAUGGGUAUCCAACUAACUCUUUUUGUUCGUUAAUGAAAAAAUUAAUGAAGUAGGUAACUAGGUAAAGAAAGAGAUAAAUAAAAAUGAUAUAGAUAUCGCCUUAUGACUGCUUUGUUUGAUCUAAAUCCUCUGUAUAAUCAAAUACAUUUUAUUGUUUUAUUUAUUUGCAUUUCCUCUUGUUGACCUUUUGUCUUGCAGUUUGUUCUUGCAUUGCUUGGGUUUUCAAGACCACUCUCUGUUUGGCCUGACCAUUAAUUAUUUAUUUGGUUAGCCUCCUAAGUUUCUGCCUUUGCUUUGACUGUCAAAGCUUGAUAAACAUUCAUUUUUAAAGCGACCAUGUGGACUAAGUUAUUGAUGGUAAUUAGUAUUAGUAUUUCUCUUCAGGUGUUAUUUUCACCAGUGGACACAUGUGGAAGCAGCAGAGACGGUUUGCGCUCUCAACCUUCAAGCAUUUUGGAUUGGGCAAGAAGUCUCUUGAACCAGUCAUCUUAGACGAAUUCACACAUUGUUCAAAAGACUUUUAUCACUUUAAAGGUAAAUACUGAAUGUGCAGUGAUCAAUUCAGAAUGUCAAAUUCACAUAUACAAACUGAACAUCUAUUUUCUCUGUUUAUUUUUGGAGGUAAGCCCUUCAAUCCACACCUCACCCUCAACAACGCUGUCUCAAACAUUAUCUGCUCCCUGGUUUUUGGGCAUCGCUUUGAGUACAGUGAUGAGAAGUUUAGGCAACUGAUUGCCUGCUUUGAAAAAGGACUUCAAGGUCUAGCCUCCGUUUGGGCAGAGGUGAGGCAUUUUCAAGGUAUUAAUAUUAUGUAAUACACUGAUCAGCCAUAACAAUAUGCCCGCCUGCUGAAUAUUAUGUAGGUCCUGUCUUGUCAAGUCAGAGCCAAAACAGCCCCUACCUGACAAGACAUGGAUGUCACUGGAUCUAGGCGCUGCUGAUUUCUCACAGUUUCAGAGUUGGCAUUGUUUUUUUUUUUGGUUUUUUUUUGUUGUUGUUGUUGGUUUAGAAAUGUGAGUCCCAGUAGCUCUUCUGUUGAAACAGACCACAUGGGCCAGCAACCCUAACCCGUAGUAACCCUAACUCCUCAAUUAUGUCAGUGAGCCUUAGUUGGUUGCCCAUGACUGCACCACAGGUUUACCAGUUUUUUUCAGUGGACAACCUUUGGUAGGAAAGUGAUCAUGCAGACGUGAAACACCCUGCAAGAGCUACAGUUUUGAAGAUGCUUUGACACAGUCAUUAAGCCAUCCAAGUCUAGCCCCUUUCAAAACAACAGAAUGAUUAGUUGAUGUCUCACAUAUCACACCAGUAGCGUAUUAAUAGUAAAGCACUUACACAGAAAACGCAAGACAGAUUAUUUCAUUUUGCUAUACUUUUUACUGAGAGCAUGCAAAAAUACAGUAACCUCCACCACAGUAUUUUUCCUCUACCUGCUAAUGGGACAGCAGCCACACAGUGCCACCCUAUGGCCUGGAAAGGAUUAGCAGUCAUUAUGCCAUCAUGUUAUUGCUGAUCAGUGCAUACCCUCCACUGUACAUCAUUAAUUCAAUCUGCUCUGCUCUGCAGUUUCACAACUCAUUCCCUCUGCUGAUGAGACAAUUGCCGGGACCACAUCAGACAUUCCUGCACGUUUUCAACAGUGUAAAGGACUUCAUAAGAGAGGAGGUCAAGGAGCACAAGAAAAAAUGGGAUCCUUCAGACGAGAGGGACUACAUAGACUGCUACCUGAAUGAAAUACAGACGGUGAUUUGCAUUAGAUAAAACUUGUCAAUGACUUUUUGGGUUAAGUUCUUUUGAAAAGUAUUAUUUGCUCUCUGCACAGAUAAUUUUGCUUUUUGCCAUUGCCUAUAUCUAACAACUUCAUCUUUGAAUGCAGUAUCACUGACAAAAUUCAACCCAUUUCAAACUACCAAAGCAAAACUCUGACUGUUACUACUUCCAAUACAGAUAAUUAUAGAAGUGCUUCUUCCAAAACAUGUAUUUGGAUAUACUCCUAGGCGAAGGGGCAGGCUGACAGUACAUUUGAUGAGGAAAACCUUGUUGCCUGUGUCUUGGAUCUUUUCGUGGCUGGCUCUGAGACCACAUCCACCACCCUGCGCUGGGCUUUCCUCUACAUGGCAAAGUACCCUGAGAUCCAGGGUAAGAACACUGACCAAACAAAUUCAGAGUUAAUUUUGUACAAAUGAGUGACACAUUUAAUCAUACUGGUGGACAUUAUGCAGGUAUUCAGACCAAUUGAAUUCUUUUACUGGCCAAAAGUGUGCAACAGACACCUUCCCCCCAUUUGUGAAUAGGUCUCUCACCAAACAAAACCAAACUGUCUGCUAACUUGUUGAAGAAGUACUUGAACUCAUGUCCAUUUGCCCCCCUUUACAGCAAAAGUCCAGGAUGAGAUUGACAGAGUAAUUGGACAGUCUAGACAGCCAUCGAUGGAAGUUCGAGCAGACCUCCCCUAUACCGAUGCCGUCCUACAUGAGAUCCAGAGAAUGGGCAACAUAGUUCCUCUCAGCUUACCUCACAAAACAAACAAACAUCUCCAGCUGGGUGGCUACACAAUCCCAGAGGUUAGUUAUCAUGGAUGCAAUUUUUAGUGUAUCAAACUCGAAGCUAUUGGGCCAUAAUGAAAUCCAGUGUUAUAUUAUUAACAAUACAUGGAGACUCUGGUAGGGGUCCUAAAAGAUCUACAUGAUUAUUUUAAAAGAAGGCAGUUUUGUGGGGAGUUAGACAAGAAUAAGAAGAUAAGUCAGGAGGAUACUGUCAGGCAGUGGCAGGAAAACUUUGAGGAACUUUGUGAUGAGGAGGUGAAUCCUUGCCAAUAUCCUUGCUAAAAGUUGCCAGAGUGACUAAAAAGCUCCUCAGUAGACAAGAUGUCAGGUAUGAAUCAAAUUUUGCAGACACGCCUCUUCAAAGUUGUGUGGAGGUCUGGCACAGUGCCUGAUGGCUGAUCAGUGCGGUGCUUCCCAUUUAUAAAAAGGAGGACCAGAGAGUGUGCUCCAAUUUCUUGUGGAUCACCUAAGAAAUCUUACUCUAGGGUACUGGAAAGCAGGCCUUAGUCAAAUGUCAUAACCUCAGAUACAGGAGGAACAGUGUAGUUUUCGUCCUUGCUGUAGGACAGUGGACCAACUUAUUACCCUUGCAGAGCUUCUGGGAGGGGCGUGUGAGUAGCAGGAGACCAGAUGGUGCAGUAGAUCUAGAGCUCUCUGUGAAGGUUAAAUGUCCCAUCUGGCUGAAAAUACCCAUUCAUGUAUCCUAUUGUAUUGUACUGCAUUGUUUAUAUUGUACUGCUCUAAUCACCAGGGUGUGAUCAUCAUUCCCAACUUGACCUCAGUGCUGUAUGACAAGAAUGAGUGGGAGACACCCUUCACUUUUAACCCAGGACACUUUCGGAAUGAGGAGGGCAAAUUUGUGAAGCCGGCAGCUUUCAUCCCUUUCUCUACAGGUGAAGAAAAACACAAUCCCUUAUUUUAUUAGCAUCCCUCACAGGUAAAAGCCUUUUUUCACUCUGAAGUCAAUGACAUGAAGGAGAAUAGUUUCAACCACAAUAAAUGUAUCACCAAAUGACCCCGAAUAACCCCUCUCAGGGUCUUUGUUCAAACACUCAAAUGCUUUUUAAGCUUAAUUUUAGUUGGUUUUCUGCUUUUUUUUUUUUUUUUUUUUCAGGUAAGCGGCUGUGUCUUGGUGAGAACCUGGCAAGGAUGGAGCUUUUCCUCUUCUUCACCUCCUUUAUGCAGCACUUCACCUUCUCCAUGCCUGCUGGAGUAAAGCCUGUGAUGGACUACCACUUGGGCAUUACACUGGCACCACGUCAGUAUGAAAUCUGUGCAACCCCACGUUUAGGAAAGCACUAA